CCUCUAUGCAUCACUGCUUAAAUCUGACGUGAAUCGGCCAGUAGUUGAUGACAAUAAAGAAAUUGAGGAACUUGAUCGUGAACUUGAUAUUGAACUUAUACUGCAGUGGAGAAUGUUGGCGCACAAGUUUCUUGAGCAGUCUAUAGAAUCAGAAGACUAUUUGAAGAAGCAGAAAGCUAAACAAUCAUGGUGGUCAUUUGGAUGGGGCAGUCAAUCUUUUAAAGAUGAAACCGAAUCAUUACAUUUCAGUGAAGAGGAGUGGCAGCAAUUAAAUAAAAUUAUAGGAUAUAAGGAAGAUGAAGAUGGGCAGUCGCUAUGAUCGAUGAAAACCCUGACAUUCUUCAGACUGUUUUGGAGAUUCACAUGAAACAUAAUGCUUCAAAGCUUCUGGAUGGAGCCCAUACAUGUCUUGCUGAUUUAUCGUGUGAAGGACUUGAUUGCUCCAUUAAGCUUUAUCCAGAGACGAAAGUGUUUGGUGUGAAACUGGGGUCAUAUCAAUUAUCAUCUCCUAAUGGUCUUCUUGCUCAGAGUGCGACUACAGCUGACUCUUUAGUUGGUGUCUUCUGCUAUAAGCCUUUUGAUGCUAAAGUAGACUGGAGCAUGGUUGCUAAAGCUUCUCCUUGUUAUGUGACUUAUCUCAAGGAUUCCCUCGAUGAAAUUGCCAAAUUUUUUGAAAGCAAUACAGCUGUGAGCCACACAAUUGCACUGGAAACUGCAACUGCUGUACAGAUGACAAUUGAUGAAGUAAAACGGUCUGCUCAGCAACAAGUGAACAGGGCUUUGAAGGACCAUACCAGGUUUCUGCUAGAUUUGGAUAUUGCAGCUCCUAAGAUUACAAUUCCAACUGAAUUUCAACCUGAUAACAAGCAUUUCACAAAGCUUCUUCUUGAUUUGGGAAAUUUGGUCAUUCGUUCACAGGAUGACAAUGCACUCACAUCUCCUGAGGAGCUGGAUUUGUAUUCGCAGUUUGAUUUGGUUUUAAGUGAUGUAUCUGCUUUUUGGUUGAUGGUGAUUACCAUUGGAGCCAAACAUCUCUAAAGAAGUCUGCGGCUU